UAGCAAUCACUUCAAUAGCAUACUCUGAAUUCAUGUAAUAAAAGCAGGAGCAAAUGUUCGGCCAGUAAUUUCCUAUCUCUGAAACGUGCCCCUCUGCGCUGAACUUCAUUUUGUGGAGAGUUUUAGUGCGGGAGCGCGCACGACUCCAUCACCGAGAGAGAGCGCGUUCCCGCGACGGAGGAAGGGAGAGUUUCUUCUUUCGCUGCUCCAUCCGGGAACUUCCAGAAUUAGCAUUGACAACCGGAGCACAACUUUUUCCUCAGGCAAAGUGAAAUCCAGCCGCGCACUCGGACAAAAUAUAGUCCCGCACUUUCAACUCGAAGUCUGGGGAAAAUCGAGCGUCGCGUUUCCGACAGGACAAGCGGACUACCCCCGUGUGGAUUUCGGAGCGGAUCUACGCGGCUGCUGGAGCGUUUGGCUCGCGUGCGGAGCACUUUUUGUUUACACUGGCGUAAAGUGGGUGAUGAGUCUGACGGCCAGCAAAGAAGCGAGAACUUGCUGUGCAGCCCGAGUAGUUCUGGCGAUUGUUAUUGUCGCUUUUCAAAACACUUCCCUCACGCCACAAAUAACGCGCAUCGCGUCGGAAGUGGAGGAAAAGUGCUCUUGAAGUCGGAAUAUGGAGCUACAAGGCCUUCAAGAAGCACUGAAAGUAGAAGUCCAAUGUCAUCAGAUGCUGGGUGCCCUCACCGCGAUCCCUAUAAAGGUGCCUCACAUCAGCUCUCUGCAGCGGCUGGCGGGACACGCACCCAGUCUGCUACCUCAGGUUAGGCCAAAGACCCUCAUUCCAGACAGCCUUCCCCACAGCCCAUGCCGAGAGCAGCAGUCGGGUCAGACGCUGGCCGUCCAACAGAGCCUGGCCGUGGUCAGCCCAAAAAGCCAAGGCGCAUCUUUGCCAACUGCCAACAGCACCUUCAGUCACGAGAGGCUGUCCAACGGGCAGGACGAGAGCUGCUCGUCGCCUUUAUAUGCGCAGGGCAUCUCCACAGCCGCCAGCAGCCCAGGGGUGGCGUACGCCAUCAUCUCCGCAACCUCGCCAGCAGCACACGGAGUCACCGAGGCCAUCAAGGUGCAACCGCUGAUUUUCAGCCCAGACAGCAAGGUAAUAAUCAUCCAGCCACAGAUUCCCAGCAACUCCAAGAGUUCUCCGGCGUCACAAACCGACAGUCCUGUAAAGGAGCCAAUCCCUGACCCCUCAAGCCCAGCUAAAAAGGAGGAGGAUCCAGAGAAAAUAGCCUUCAUGGUCGCUCUUGGUCUGGUCACAACAGAACACUUGGAGGAGAUCCAGAGUAAACGGCAGGAGAGAAAGAGGCGAACCACAGCUAACCCUGCAUACAGCGGCCUGUUUGAGCCUGAGCGCAAGCGACUUGCCUCGAAUUACCUGAACAGUGCGAUGUUUCUGUCCACAAGAGACACUGAGGAGUUCUGCUGGAAGGAGCCGCUGCAGCAUGACGAGCACUGUGCAGUUUGUAAACAGGAAGGAGAUCUUCAGCCAUGCCACACUUGUACCCGCGCCUACCACCCCGACUGCCUGCAUCCACCGCUCAAAACUGCCACCCGGGGCAUGUGGAUGUGCCCCAAGUGCCAUAAGAAAGUUUUAAACAAAGAGAACUUGUCUUGGCCGCAGAACUUUAUCCAGUCAUAUGUUACACAUAAAACAGUGAGGGAGGAGGAGCGCCGGAAGCUCAUGAGGAGAAACACUGAGCUGAAGCUGGAGUGUGAACAUCUGAGCGAGGAGGACCAGAGACUCUGCUGUUCCCUCAAUAAACGCGUUGAGCAGAAGGAGCGUCUCCUGGGUCAGCAGCGGGAGACUCAAGCGUCCAUCGAGCGCCUCAAGACUUUGAUCCGACUCAUCCAGCGGGACCAGAUGAUCCAAGUGACAAUGACGGCCACUACUACUACAGGAGCGUCUCUGCUCUCGCUGCCCUGGAUCAAAGCCGCCGGCGGCAGCACCACAGCGCCCCUCGCCGGGCCCUCGGCAGUACUGCACAAAAGCAUGCUCCAGCCACAAGAAAACAACUGAACGGCUCUCAACCAAUCACCAGACAUCUUUCUUUUCUUCUGGUAACGGUCUGAGCAUUAAAUGAUGGAAGCAUUUAAAACCAAGCAGAAAUGAUAAACGUCACUCGAUUCAUACGUAUUUUUUAAAAGCCAACACACACAGUGCUCACAAGAUUUUUUUAAGUCACAGUUUUUUAACGUAUUAUUUUUCUUGGCCUUAAUGUAUUUAUGACUAGAUUACGAUGCUCUUGCAGAUAUAUAAAAAAAAGAUUAAGUAUUC